GCUUACCUCUUCGCUGCUUCUCUCCUCAAUCCCUCAGUUUCGCGGCGGCGGCGGCGGCGGCGAUCGGCAAGUUGCCCUGCGGCGGGUGACGGAAUCAUGGUCCACGUUUCGUUUUACAGGAAUUAUGGCAAGACGUUUAAGAAGCCACGAAGGCCAUAUGAGAAGGAGAGGUUGGAUGCCGAGCUGAAGCUUGUUGGAGAGUAUGGCUUGAGGAACAAGCGCGAGCUUUGGAGGGUGCAGUAUGCGCUGAGCCGUAUCCGUAAUGCUGCCAGGGAACUGCUGACUCUUGAUGAGAAGAACCCCAAGCGUAUCUUUGAGGGUGAUGCACUGCUGCGCAGGAUGAACCGCUAUGGACUCCUUGAGGAGAACCAGAAUAAGCUUGAUUAUGUCUUGGCCCUCACUGUCGAGAACUUCCUUGAGAGGAGGCUUCAGACGUUGGUGUUCAAGUCUGGAAUGGCUAAAUCCAUCCAUCAUGCUAGGGUGCUUAUCAGGCAGCGCCACAUCAGGGUGGGGAGGCAAGUGGUGAACAUUCCAUCAUUCAUGGUUAGGGUGGAGUCUGCAAAGCACAUUGACUUCUCUCUCACAAGCCCACUUGGUCAAGGGCGCCCUGGAAGGGUGAAGCGAAAGAAUUUGAAGGCAGCAUCAAAGAAGGCUGCUGGAGGUGAUGGUGAAGAAGAAGAGGAAGAAUGAACAAAGUGAGCAGGCAUUACUAGUAGUUGAGAGCUGGUAUUGGAAUUUUGUUUCAAGACUAUUAUGUUUUUUUCUAUAUUGUAUUUUUGCUUGGUUUAGACUGUCAAAUCUUAUGCGUAUUUUGUACUGACCAUUUUAAGCUGCACUUUGGUUGUUUUUCAUUAAAUCGUUCUAUCACUGUGCUUUUAC